AUGGCACGUCUGGGCCUCCCUGUCUUCCUCAUUCUUUGCUUCUCCUUGCUCCACUUCAGCUCCAGCCGUCCAUCUCGCACCAGGAAGGCCGUGUCACCUCGUCAGUCCGGAGCUGCAGAGGAAGAUGAUGUGAAGUCCCAGCUUGAGAGGCUGUGGCAGGAGGUGAAUUCCCUGAAAGAGAUGCAGGCGUUGCAGACAGUCUGUCUCAGAGGCAUCAAAGCUCACAGGAAGUGCUACCUUACAAUUGAGGAACCCAAACAUUACCAUGAAGCAAAUGAAGACUGUAUUGCACAAGGAGGAACUCUUGCAACACCACGGGACGUGAUGGAAAACAAUGAACUGAGAGACUAUGCAAAGAGGAGUGCUCCGGGAUCCAAGGACUUCUGGAUCGGCGUGGCAGACAUAGUGAAAGAAGGCCAGUAUGUUGAUGUCAACAGUCUGCCAGUCAGCUACUUCAACUGGGACCGCUCCAAGAAGCAGCCCACAGGAACGAAGAGGGAGAGCUGUGUUGCUCUUUCAGUGGUUGCACAAGGAAAGUGGUACGAUGAGGUGUGUCGCAGCCUCAAAAAGUACAUCUGUGAAUAUGUCAUUCCCUAAAGGAGACACAGUGGUUGUUGACAAUUUGAUGCUUGUCAAUUAAAAUUGUGCAAAAAUGUGUUGUCAAAUUAAUUCAUGAUGGAAACAUGACUUGGUAUUGAGCAUGUAUUAUGAAAUUCCUCAUAUUAAAAUGUGUCUCUGUGAUUAUUAAUUAAUUAGCUUUGAUAUAGACAGUAGUAGAUAAUCAGACUACUAAGUCCCAAAGCUUUAGGUGAUGACUGAACAGCACAAGAAGUAAUACAUUCUGGAUUAAGUUACAUAUAAAUAAAC